ACAAUAGGAUCGAUACAGAAACUCGACGAAUUUCAUAUCGAAUACAUUUUGAGCAGGGGCCCAUGGCCGUGGCUUCCCUUGAUUCACCCACAACGGGAGUUGAGAGCGCGCCAUGCCCGCCGCCAUAUCCGCCGUCGUCAACGGGCGGCCGCCGCAUGGAAGUCUCGUCGUGCGGUCUUCGGGUUCGGCCGUCGGCGGUACAGGUGGAUUUUCCCCGCGGUCCAAGGCACGGCUGGUAGCGCCGUAGCAGCGCCGCACGCCGUUCGAUCGCCAUGUGGCGCCAGCGCCACCCUCACGGCCAGAGGGUGGACUCUCCGCCACGUGGCAUACCAGAUAACGACGUCAAGGAUCGACUGCGCGCCACGUCAGCAGCGGCAGUGGGCGAGUCGCAAGCGCCAGCCGCGGGAGUUCACAGACGGUCCACCUUCUUGCCUCGCGCGGCGGUCGGACUCGCUGCAAUCAUCCUCGUGUGCGUCGCACUGAGCGCCUAUUCCGCAUUUUCCUCUCCAUUCGUCAAGCACCUUUGCAGCCGUCUCUCGGGGCCAUCAGCACCGCACAGAUCAGCUCUGGCCUCCGCGAUCGACGGUGGAGAUGGGAGAAGCACUGACCAAAGCGCCCGCAGUGCGGACGCAAGCAGCGGCGGCGGCAGCAAGGACCGGCAGGGCAGGCGACGCCGUUGGGGCAGCCGCGAGGGGGACCGCAUGGCGCGCGACGCGGCGCUGCUGCACGUGCGGCUUGUGGUGCUCACGUUCGACCGCGCCAAGAGCCUGGCGCGCUGCUUGCAAUCAUUGCGGGCGGCACAUUACGGCGGCGAUGACGUGUCACUGGACAUCCACGUGGACCACCCGUUCGCGGGCUUGCAGCUGAACGACCCGCUGCAGAUCAAAGCCAGGCGCAAGGGCCGCGUGGGGGUAGCGGGCGAGCAGGGCCUUGGGAGCGACGGCGCGCAGAGCCUUGUGCUCGCGGCAAGCCAGCAGCUGCCCGGCGCGGCGAUGCGCGGAUUCGCUGCACCCACCACUGGUGGUGGUGGUGGUUGGGGGCGCGGCGGGCAUGGCGUGGAGGAGGCGGGCGACAUGUCCAACUGGCGGCAGCGCGGCAGGCGCUGGGCGCAGCGGGUGAGGGGAUGGGGAGAAGGGGCACUGGGGGGAGUGGCGGGAGGGGGCAGGUGGCGGCUGGUGGGAGGGGCGGGCCUGGCGGGAGCGGUGGAGAGGCGGGCAGGUGAGGAUGCCUCGUGGCAGCAGCAGCUGCGUGCAGGCAAGGCGGGCAGGCGGCAGCUGGGGGAGGUGCGGCCCGUGGUGGGGGUGGUGGAGAGGCGUGCGGCGGGGGAGGUGGCAGGCAAGCGGCGCAAGUUCCGGUCGGUGCUGGCAGUGGCGGACUCGUUUGCAUGGGCGCAUGGCAGCAAGCAGGUGCGCGUGAGGAGCGUGAAUGGCGGCGUGCAGCCGCAGUGGAUGGAGGCGUGGUGGCCCAAUGGCAACAACGAGUUUGCCUUUGUGGUGGAGGACGACGUGGAGGUGUCGCCGCUCUUCUACUCUUACCUCAAGCGCAUGCUGCUGCGCUACUACUACAACGAUACCGAGUACGACUCUAAGGUGUACGGCAUCUCCCUGCAGCGCCAGCGCCUGGUACCGGGGCAACCGGCCCCCCCCAUAGCGCACGUGGGGCGGCCAUUCCUGUACGCGCUGGUGGGCACGUGGGGGCAGCUGCUGCUGCCCGCCCCCUGGCGCGCAUUCCGCGUGUGGUACGACAGCCACCGCUACACGCCCGGCAGGGACCCGCUCAUCGGGGGGCUGCGCACCACGGGCUUCUGGAAGGGGCGGGGCAACGGCAUCUGGACGCCGUGGAUCGUGCGGUGGGCGCACAGCGCCGCCAUGCUCAACCUGUACGCGUCGCUGCCGGGGGGCCUGGCGCUGAGCGUGAGCCACCGCGACGUGGGGGAGAGCUUCACGCGCUCCAAGGGCGCCGAUGCCAUGCUGCUCAUGCCGCAGCACCUCAGGGGGGCACACCACCUGAACGCAACAGAGCACCCGAUAGAGCACCUGACGGCAACAGAGCACCUGACGGCAACAGAGCACCUGACGGCAUCAGAUCCCCUGAGCACAGCAGAGCCCCUGCCGUGGUGGUGGACGGAGCUGCCCCCGCUGUCCUGCCUGCCGCGCUUCGACUACUGCCUGCGACCCCUGCCCUGGGUGGGGCGAGGGGGCACUGCGUGGGCGUGGGGGACAGGGGGGAAGGAGGGCGGACAUUGCCAGAGAGGGGGGUGGCUUGGCGUUGGUGGGGGGAAUGGUGGGGGAGAUGAGGAUGCUGAGUCAGCAAGUGGCCAUAAUGGGUCAGCGCAAAGUGGAGCAGAUGAGAUGCGUGCAGUAGCAGGCAUUGAGUCAGAAAGUGCGGAUGCUGAGUCAGCAGCAGGGGCGGCUGAUGCCACGUAUGCAUCCCUGGUGACAGGUGUGGAGGAUCUGCAGCGAGCCGUGCACACUGCCAAGGGGGUCUCUCACUUCGCGCUCAUCUUUCUUCCGGACGUCCAAGCGCCUGACGCCACCCACUCCACCACGUGCGCGCACGCAGCUGCAGGCACGCAGGCCUCCCUGCUGGACAUCGACGCCCCUGCCCCCCCCGCCUCGCUCCAGCUGGCGCGCAACUGGGCGUGCCACGUGGACGGCUUGGGCCUCUCGCACUUCGCCUUCGUCACCUCCUCCGCCUGCCAUGCCCUCGACCUCGCCACUCGGGGCCACCUCGUCUCGCUUCUCCCCUCCUCCCCCUCCUCCCCCUCUCCUUCCUCCAUCUCUCCCUCUCUCCCCCACCCCCCCUCUUCCCCUCCCCCACCCACCUCCACCUCGCCUUAAACCUCUCCUCUGUGCUGCGCGUGCCUCUGCUGCUCGCGUCCCCCACUGUCACCUGGCGGGGCGACCCCUUCCUCUGCGUCUCACAGCGCCUGCUGCACCUGCAGCAGGGGGAGCAGCAAGAGGGGCAGGGCGAGCAGCAAGGGGGAAUGCAGUGGGCGGUGUACAGUCCACAUGAGCAGCAGCAUGCAGCAGCGGAUGGCUUGGCAGUGGCGGUUGGUGACUCACCCCUCUCCGACGUCUUCCUCCUCCCCCCCUCUCCUGCUGCUCGCUCCGCCCUCCUCUCCCUGCUCGCCCACCUGCUGUGGGGUGCUCCCAGUGAUUCCAGCGACGGCGGCGACGGUGGCAGGAGCGACCCGCACGAGGCCAGCUCCUGGGACGUGCUGCGCACCGUGUGGCUGGCUGGCAAUAGUGAUGCCAGGUGGGCGGCGCUGGAGGAAGCAGCGAGGAAGCUUGGCCUGGGUGUGAAUGUGUGGAGGGUGGGGCUGCCGUGCUACGUGGCACCGGCUGAGGUGAACUCCUCGCUUGACUCGCAGCGGCUGACGCAGGGCGCGUGGAUGGUGGCGGGGGGGAGGGGGCGCACGGCGGAGGAGGCAGCAGAUGGGAUGGAGGAGGCGGGGCUGUGGGAGCUGGAUGGUGCGGAUUAUGCUUGCAGGAAUGUGGUGUGCCUGCGAUCCAACCAUUUGAUACACCCUUGAAUACCUAUA